AUGAAUCAGCGGAGAAAAUUAUCUACAACAAUCCGUCGUGAAAAGAUGGAUAAUUUGCCACAGGUGGCGAGGUGUCGCAAUAAGUUAUGGUUCUUCGUCUUUGCCUUGUUUGUUCUUUGGUACUUCUUGCUUUACGUUUAUGAUUGGUCUUCAAAUUACGGACUCACACCAUUAGCUCAUAGCCAAACAAAUUCCGUAGAGCCUUCAGAAUCUACAACAUGGGUUGAAACUGUUGAUCAAAAACAGAUUAUUGAGAAAAAAUUGGAGCCAAGUAAUCGAACAUUCUUGUCAAAGAACGAAUCAGCACAUGAACAUGAUUAUGAUAGAGAAAAUGAAGAAGAGCCAAUCAAGAACAGCAAUUGGGUUGAUAAAAAAGCUAGUUUUUCACCACCCAUUGUUGAAAAGAUUAGUGAGCCAAAGCCUAGUGUUGAUUCGUGUUCGGGUCGAUACAUAUAUGUUCAUGAUCUUCCUAGCAGAUUCAACGAGGACUUGCUCAAGCAAUGCAGGACACUUAACAAAUGGACCAACAUGUGCAAGCACAUAAUCAACGUGGGUCUUGGCAAGCCAUUUCGUAGCUCUGGUUGGUUCGCGACGAAUCAAUUUGCAUUAGAGAUCAUAUUCCACAACAGGAUGAAACAGUACAAGUGUUUGACAAAUGAUUCAUCCAAGGCUUCAGCCAUUUUUGUACCCUUUUAUGCAGGGCUAGAAGUUUCUAGGCACCUAUUUGAUUAUAACGCGUCAAUGAGAGAUUUAGGCUCUCUUGAUUUGGUCAAGUGGCUUAGAGAAAAACCUGAGUGGAAUGUCAUGUAUGGAAGAGACCAUUUCUUCGUUGCAGGGCGAAUAACUUGGGAUUUCAGAAGAGCCCUAGACGAGGACUGGCUUUGGGGCAACAAGCUGAUGAUGUUGCCUGAGUCUAAGAACAUGACAAUCUUGACAAUUGAAUCGAGUCCUUGGAAUAAAAAUGACUUCGCGGUGCCAUAUCCGACAUAUUUCCAUCCUUCCAGUGACAAUGAGGUGUUCAGAUGGCAAAGCAGGAUGAGGAAACUGAAAAGGGGGUUCUUCUUUUCGUUUGUUGGUGCACCAAGGCCUAACAUGGAUGACUCUAUCCGGAAUGAGAUCAUCGACCAGUGCCUAAACUCGGAGAGGAAAUGCAAGUUCCUCAGAUGCACUGAUAUUGACAACAAGUGCAAUAAGCCAGGUCUUGUGAUGAAAAUCUUUCAGAACUCUGUGUUCUGCUUGCAGCCUCCCGGGGACUCAUUUACUAGGCGAUCAACGUUUGAUUCAAUCUUGGCAGGGUGCAUACCGGUGUUUUUCCAUCCCGGUUCUGCUUACAUUCAGUAUCUAUGGCAUUUACCAAAGAAUUUCAACAAGUACUCAGUGUUCAUACCGGAGGACCUUAAAAACAGUAGUGUAAGGAUUGAGAGGGUAUUGCGCGGUUUUCGUAAAGCCGAGAUAGUUGCAAUGAGAGAGGAGGUUAUAAAACUGAUUCCCAAAGUGAUUUACGCUGAUCCAAGGUCUAGAUUGAAGACACUCGAAGAUGCAUUUGACAUAACAGUGAAGGGAGUUCUUGAGAGGGUGGAGACAUUGAGGGAGGAAAUGAGAGAGGGGAGGAAUUCUAGCUUUGAUUUCGACGAAGAAUUUACUUGGAAGUACAAUUUAUUUGGAAAAAUAGAAGGUAAACAUGAAUGGGAUCGUUUGUUUAAAAGAACAGACAAACGAGUAAAGCAGUGGUAG